CUAUUGUGGCCGAUUUGGAUCACCAUCAAGAAAAUGUCGAUAGAGGAACCAAUGAUAUUGGGAGCCUCGUUACUGAUCUGGAGGACCUACAAGAGCCGCCAGAAGAAGAGAUUGUAUUUGAGCCUGAUGAGUCUCAAGUAGCAAAAGUCACUCGAUCUGGGCAAAUGUAUGCGCAAGCUGCAAUGUCUGGGCUGAACCUUUCCCAAGUUCCAAAGAGACCAAGAGAAUGGCCUUUGAGCAGGAGUAGCAGUUCUGCCAAUAAGAACAAAAUUCGAGUUGCAACAAGACGCAAGAACCGAGAGAGAGAAUUGAAACUGUUGAAGAACAAGUUAAAAUCUGGUAUUUGUACCAAAGAAGGAAGUCGCAGUACUAAAGACAGUAAAGCUACCCUUGAAGCAAAGCACAAUCUAUUUUUCCAACAGAUUGGGAAUGAGAUGAAAGCUGAUUAUGAAGAGCACGACGCUAUUCUGAUCGCUUGUUGCAUGAUGCAGAUCAAGGUCAAGUUUGAUACUGACGAAGGUCUGAACUUCAUUCAACAGUAUUACAUCAAUCAAGGACUGAAGAAGUUUGGUGAUGAUGGAAACGAUGCUGUGGAUAUGGAAUCAAGACAAAUGCUCCUGAGAGACUGUUUUACUCCCAAAUUUGUUAAAGACAUGACCACGUCUGAGUGA